ACCGCGGGGACCCCCCAAACGCCGGGGACCCCCUGAGCGCCGGGGACCCCCCGAGGGGCGGGCCGGGUCUGGCGGGGCAGAAUGGGGAGCCUCCAGCUGCAGGACUUCGUGGCCGGCUUGGUGGGAGGAAUUGCCAGUGUGGUUGUGGGCCAUCCCCUGGACACGGUCAAGACUCGUUUACAAGCUGGACAAGGAUAUGGAAAUACACUCAAGUGUUUUCUCACUGUGUACAGAAAUGAGUCUGUGACUGGCUUCUUCAAGGGCAUGUCCUUCCCCAUGGCCACCACAGGCCUGUACAGCUCGGUGGUGUUCGGGGUGUUCAGCAGCACGCAGCGGUUCCUGGGCCAGCUCCGCCACGGGGACGCGGCCGCCGCGCCCUCGCUCGCCGACAUGACCGUGGCCAGCUCGGUGGCAGGGUUUGUCUCCGUGGCCAUUGGCACUCCCGUGGACCUGGUAAAGAUCAGGCUGCAGAUGCAAACACAGCCCUACAGCAAAGCAGAUGUUAAACUAAAGCCCACAGCUCCUGGAUCUCCCGUGUACCGAGGCCCAAUCCACUGCUUUUGGACAAUCCUACAGAAAGAGGGGAUAGCAGGAAUCUACCGAGGCACGGUGGCAAUGCUCCUGAGGGAUGUUCCCGGGUACUGCGUCUACUUCAUCCCUUACGCAGUUUUCUGUGACUGGGCAACUCCUGAGGGAUGCAUUUCUCCCAGUCCCUUCUCUGUCUGGCUGGCAGGGGGUGUAGCAGGAGCCAUUUCCUGGGGAUUAUGCACUCCAAUGGAUGUUGUGAAAAGUCGACUUCAGGCAGAUGGAGUUUAUUUAAAUCAGUACAAAGGGACCCUUGACUGCAUCUUGCAGAGCUACCAGAAUGAGGGCUUAAAACAAACUUUGCUUCAGUCAAACAUGAAUGGCAGAGAACAAGGAUUUGCAACUUUAUUGCGUUGCUGAGAGAAACAUCAUCUGACAUUGAAAUAAAUCCGUAUUUAUCAUCGGAACAUCAUGGGGGCUCUUAGCUCCAAAGUGUUGAUUUUCACAUUCUGAGAGAAGCUCAACAAGUUACAAACAGAAAAACAACCUGCAAAAUCACAAGUCAGUGUGAUUUCAAUAUUUGCCAACAUGCCUCUGUGUUAUGCCAGCUGUCACAGGAGCCUGUGGUCUGGUUCAGUUUUUGCCACUGGGUGAAGAAAGUCACACUGAUGUGAAGCACAAGCGCCUGGAGAGAUGCUGAGGACUGUGCUUGGACAGUCCAUGGAGGGACAGGGUGCCCAGGCUCUUCUUUCCAUCUGGUGUGCACUUACACUGUAAACACAGGGUGGCUGAAAAGGGCCUUUCCAUGUGUUUUCCCUUCUCUCUCCAUCCUCAUCACCUCCUUGUCCUGCCUGAAUAUUAACAGCCACGGUGCUUGGGGGUUUUGGCUGGAGGUCUGAGCUGCUUGCAGAUUUUGUGCUGUCACACCUGGCACCCACAUCAAAGCCAACAACAGGAUUGAGUAAUAGCUGAUGGCAAGACUGGAUCCUGCUCUCGUGAUGAAAACCUUUUGAAAUGUUGGGAGCCACACAGCUGACAAACAGCCAAUGCAGGGCUGGAUGUUUUCAUUCUGGGACAAAGGAACACCACUCACAGUGCUCCAAAUAAUUGCCUGAUGCACACAAAGAAAUGUAAAUAUAACACUUGUCUUUUUCCAUAGCCAAGUGUGUUCAUUCUGAGGAGAGAAGUUUAUGCCUCUGGGCUUUUCAUCCUAAAUCUUCAUUAUUAUUUAACUUGGUUCUCUUUUGUUACUUUAUGGAUAAUUCCAAAAAAUUGAAUUUCCUCCCAGAAAAUUCUCUCUCCUAGCAAAAUAAAACAUCCCAACAAAUGGAAUAAUAUCCUACAUAUCCCAGUGCUGCAAUUUCACAUAGCAAGGUCCAUCCUAAACUAUGUGAACACAUUUUGAUCCUGCCUCAAACAAGUCAGCACUGUGCUCUGGGACUUAUUGGAUACAAGAUAUGAUGGUGUUUAGUAGAGCUCAGUAAUCUCAGGGGAAAGACUGGUUAGACUCUUAAAUCCAUGGGCUUCUGGUUUUGGAGCCAAGAUCUUCCACAGUUCCUUACAGUAGCUGUGGGAACUUUGCUGUUGUAAAGCCUGGAAAGGGGCUGGAUUGCUGAUGUUCCUUUUCAUGUCCAUUCUGAACUCGUGAUGUUUAGAUCAGUGACCAGGGUAAUGAGCCUGGGUGGUGAUUGGAGUGAUCUGUGAGAAACAGGCCAGCAGAGAUACCAUCAUUUUGUGAGCAGGUUCACCCCAAAGUGGGCUGUGCACACACCAGGGAAUGGUGUUUGUGGUGAGGGGGGUUCAAAGGGAGAUGAGUCAAGGCCAGGAGUCAGGAAUGACAAGACCUCUCUCCACUUUCCAAAGGCACUUUACUGUUCAAGAUCUUAAAAGCUGCAGGGUCUUUCUCUCUUGUACAUGCCAGCAUCUUUUAAAAAGUCAUAUAUUGAGCAGAAUGAGGAAAUCUGGCCGAUGGUAUUUAUUAUCUUGAUGAGAGAAAGCACUGGGCUGUGUGUGGGUACUAAAGGUUGACCUUAGGAACACUCCUGUGAAAAUAUCAGCUUCUAUUGAACAUUUUUCCCAAAGGUGGUGGUGAGAGCUUGGUCUCAGCAAGGUACAGAAUGAGUCUAGUUUUCUGCUGAUUGAGAAAUUCCUUCUAUGCUCAAAGGUGAAACCUGAAAACCAGUCCCCAUGGCUCAAUGCCCACAUCAGCAGGGCUGGCCCACAGCCACACUCUCUCCGCCUGCCAAACACCUUCUGUGCCCACAGACUCAGCCCCAGGGGUCAGAGAAUUCCCUGCAGGGAAACAACAGCCUUCUUGAACCCUGGGCUUUGCAUGACCCCCACAUGCAAAGGGAAGGAAGGCCAGGCUGGACAAGGCUUGGAGCAACGUGG